AUGGGAUCUCGAAAGGAGCUGAAGUCCCCCCAUUUGGCCGACAACUCGCCUGUGAACAGAGCAUCCAACGACGGCAGCUCGGGCCCAACCCAGUCGACUCCGGAUAACGGCUCACCGUUACGCAAGCAAGACAGUCGAUUGCCUUGGACGUCGAAGACCUGGCCGCACGGCCGGAAAGCCGCUGCUGUGACCGAGGUUGCCCGUGAGAGUAUUUCAGUCUCUGGCAAUAUAGCCUCGGAAUCAAGUACUUCAACAACUGGUCGUCCCCAAUUUAGGAGCCCCAACAGAUCUGGUUCAAUCCAGUUAAUCAGAAAAGCCGGCGCGUCGUCAAAUCGGUCUCUUCCGGCAGAUGUUACAACCACACGUAUCAAUAUCGAUUCGAACGGGUCUACCUCUAGUCAACCCGGUACAAAAUCAUCUCCAGACCUACUUAUUUCACAGGCUGGCUCGGGCGAAUAUGAAAAUAAUACCAACUUAAGCGCAGAUGCUGAUUCUACGGGCCCCGGGGACGACUCGAAAGUGCAAGCCCCUGAAAAUACAGAGAAUACUACGAGAGCAACGAAAGUCGAGACGGAACUAGUUACCAAUGAACAACCUGCAAGUACCUGGUUUGGUUGGCUUGGCUUUGGUAAAACAUCAACAGAUAAAUCGGACCUGAAGGAAAGCGAAAUGGGAAAGACGUCCGAAAUAGCUGAGCCGACGCCAGCUUCGAUCGAAGAGCCUCAACCAUUGGAGGCUGGUACAAAAUUUCAUGAGGCAGAUGAAGAAUAUACGAGUGGAAACACGCAAAAUACUAUCCAACAAAUCGAAGAAACGCGGAACUCGGUACCACAAAAGCGUUCUUGGUUGCAAAUCUGGGGAUCGACCAAUGUCACUAGUGCUACGAGUCCCAAAGAAGAUUCACAAAAAGAAGAUUCAGUGCCGAAUCGCGAUCUUGAGCAAGAAAGACCUAGCACAGAAACUGACCGGAUACCUCCAGUUGAUCAGCUUCAAACAAACAAUUCGCAAAAGCGAACAUUAGCGUCUGGGAAAUCAAGCGGAUGGUCAUUUUGGUCCAAAGAUGUUUCAAAUACAGAGCAAACGCCAGGCUCUGAAAGUCAAGCGGAGACAGGCGAGUUAGUAUUACCAGAGCAACCAAAAGUGAAAUCCAAUCCUGAAGACAUAGCUGCUCAGUUUGGAAGCUCUCCGAGCUCUGUAUCGGCACUAAAAUCAAAAGUCAGAAGUCAGAAGAAAAGAGCGACAUCAAUUACUGUCAAGGAUAUUCAGCCUGUCGAUGUGCCUGAAGAUUCUGUGACAUCCACGUCCACGACUCAAACCUCCACCGCGCAGAUACCAACAAAACCUCAAAUAACAGAAUUGUCAGCUUCAACAAAGCUGGAAACUGUUCUCACAAACCAAUUACUGCCAUCUUUUAGAGACACAUUCGCAUUGCAAGAAUCGCCGUCGUGGUUACAAACCCUGGGGCGUAUGAUAUAUACCCGCAAAGAAUCAGAUAAUCGACAUGUCUCUGUCCUUCGUGACCCGCCUCGGCCUAAGAAGGCUUUGGCUAUAGGAGUUCAUGGCUAUUUCCCUGCUCCCUACUUGCGCACAGUGCUUGGCCAACCUACUGGAACAUCUCUUAAGUUCUCUACUAUGGCAGCAAAGGCUAUUCAUAAGUGGACCGAAAACCAUGGAUAUCAUUGCGACGUAGAAAAGAUUGCAUUGGAGGGAGAAGGCCGCAUCGCAGAAAGGGUUGAUUUGCUUUGGAAGCUUCUCUUAAGAUGGAUAGAGGAAAUUCGCAAGGCUGAAUUUAUCAUGUUUGCCUGUCACAGCCAAGGCGUCCCGGUUACGAUCAUGUUGGUCGCUAAGUUGAUCGCAUUUGGAUGUCUGGAGUCAACCCGAGUGGGAAUAUGUGCCAUGGCUGGUGUAAACCUUGGACCCAUCCCAGACUACAAAUCAAGAUGGAUAGGCGGUUCUGCUGGAGAGCUUUUUGACUUCGCGCUUCCCACGACUAAAGUUUCACGGGAGUAUGAAAUGGCACUGAAAGACGCCUUGGAGUUCGGGGUGCGUAUAUCUUAUGUUGGCAGUAUAGACGAUCAACUGGUCUCAUUAGAGUCCUCGCUAUUUGUUCCGAUAUCUCACCCGUAUAUCUAUCGAGCUGUUUUUGUGGAUGGAAGGGUCCAUGCGCCAAGUUUUCUUUCUCAUCUCGUUGGCUUUACUUUGAAGCUACGAAACCUUGGAAUUCAUGAUCACGGUCUCAUACGAGAACUAAGUGCACCGCUUGUUGGAAGUCUUGUGGGUGGUGAGGGUCAUUCUCGCCUCCACGACGAAGAAAAUAUAUACUACGUUGCUGUUGAAUUUGCAUUGGAAACAUCCAACGUUAAUGGCGCCUCACUUCACAUUCAACGACACUAUCCUUCAUCAUCGCCAAAUCCCUACAUACUCCCAUUCGCAUUACGGGGCCUCCUUGAAGAAGACUACGUACGCCACGAACUACAUGAUGAAAGUCUUGAAUUGCUGAAACAGUUUGACGAGUGGAAGCCAGCAACCAAGGUUCUUAGAGAUGUCAAGUUUCGAUUAGAAGGCAUACGAUCAAAACUCUGA